GCUGUGGUCCUGGCCACCCGGACCGUCCGUGGGUGCCACUUGCUGGAGCCAGCAGCUGGCUUCUUGGCCCUGGGAGCUUGCACUGGAAGGAGCAGAUGGAUUGUAAAAUCCAGGGGAUGCUGCCCGAGGACCUUAGAUGCCUCUCUAGAGCAUGAGCUCGGGCAAGAGCGCCCGCUACAACCGCUUCUCCGGGGGGCCUAGCAACCUUCCUACCCCAGACGCCGCCACCGGGACCAGAAUGGAAACGACCUUCGGGCCCGCCUUUUCGGCUGUCACCACCAUCACAAAAGCUGAUGGGACCAGCACAUACAAACAGCACCGCAGGACGCCCUCUUCCUCCAGCUCCCUCGCCUACUCCCCACGGGACGAGGAGGACAGCAUGCCCCCCAUCAGCACCCCACGCCGCUCUGACUCGGCCAUCUCCGUCCGCUCCCUGCACUCGGAGUCCAGCAUGUCCCUGCGCUCCACAUUCUCGCUGCCCGAGGAGGAGGAGGAGCCGGAGCCGCUGGUGUUUGCCGAGCAGCCCUCGGUGAAGCUCUGCUGCCAGCUCUGCUGCAGUGUGUUCAAGGACCCUGUGAUCACCACGUGUGGGCACACCUUCUGUCGAAGAUGCGCCUUGAAGUCAGAGAAGUGUCCCGUGGACAAUGCCAAGCUGACGGUGGUGGUGAACAACAUCGCAGUGGCUGAGCAGAUUGGCGAGCUCUUCAUCCACUGCAGGCACGGUUGUCGGGCAGUCGGGGGCGGGAAGCCCACUGUCUUUGAGGUGGACCCCCGAGGGUGUCCCUUCACCAUCAAGCUCAGCGCCCGAAAGGACCACGAGGGCAGCUGUGACUACAGGCCUGUGCGGUGCCCCAACAACCCCAGCUGCCCGCCCCUUCUCAAGAUGAACUUGGAGGCACAUCUCAAGGAGUGCGAGCACAUCAAGUGUCCCCACUCCAAGUACGGGUGCACGUUCAUUGGAAACCAGGACACGUAUGAGACGCACUUGGAAACCUGCCGCUUCGAGGGCCUGAAGGAGUUCCUUCAGCAGACGGAUGACCGCUUCCACGAGAUGCAUGUGGCACUGGCCCAGAAGGACCAGGAGAUCGCCUUCCUGCGCUCCAUGUUGGGCAAGCUCUCAGAGAAGAUCGACCAGCUGGAGAAGAGCCUGGAGCUCAAGUUCGAUGUCCUGGAUGAAAACCAGAGCAAGCUCAGCGAGGACCUCAUGGAGUUCCGGAGGGACGCGUCCAUGUUGAAUGACGAGCUGUCCCACAUCAAUGCACGGCUGAACAUGGGCAUCCUAGGAUCCUACGACCCACAGCAGAUCUUCAAGUGCAAAGGAACUUUUGUGGGUCACCAGGGCCCUGUCUGGUGUCUCUGCGUCUACUCAAUGGGGGACCUGCUCUUCAGCGGCUCCUCUGACAAGACCAUCAAGGUGUGGGACACGUGUACCACCUACAAGUGCCAGAAGACGCUGGAGGGCCAUGAUGGCAUUGUGCUGGCACUCUGCAUCCAGGGGUGCAAGCUCUACAGCGGCUCAGCCGACUGCACCAUCAUCGUUUGGGACAUCCAGAACCUGCAGAAGGUGAACACGAUCCGGGCCCACGACAACCCGGUGUGCACGCUGGUCUCCUCACACAACAUGCUCUUCAGCGGCUCCCUGAAGGCCAUCAAGGUGUGGGACAUUGUGGGCACCGAGCUGAAGCUGAAGAAGGAGCUCACCGGCCUCAACCACUGGGUGCGGGCCCUGGUGGCUGCCCAGAGCUACCUGUACAGCGGCUCCUACCAGACAAUCAAGAUCUGGGACAUCCGGACCCUCGACUGCAUCCACGUCCUGCAGACAUCUGGCGGCAGCGUCUAUUCUAUUGCCGUGACGAAUCACCACAUUGUCUGUGGCACCUACGAGAACCUCAUCCAUGUGUGGGACAUUGAGUCUAAGGAGCAAGUGCGGACCCUGACAGGACACGUUGGCACUGUGUAUGCCCUGGCGGUCAUCUCGACGCCAGACCAGACCAAAGUCUUCAGCGCAUCCUAUGACCGGUCUCUCAGGGUGUGGAGUAUGGACAACAUGAUCUGCACGCAGACUCUGCUGCGUCACCAGGGCAGUGUGACUGCACUGGCAGUGUCCCGGGGCCGGCUCUUCUCAGGAGCCGUGGACAGCACCGUGAAGGUAUGGACUUGCUAACAGAAUCCAGGCCAGGUCUUGGCUUCCUCUGGGCCUGACCUAGGCCUGUCAAAGUCCGGCGAGCCACAUGACUGGUCUUGGGGUCUCUGCCUGCCCCAUGGGAACAGGCAGGCAGACUCAGCCAGGCAGACAAUGCCCUCCCUGCCCUGCGCCCAGUGAGCCUCUCUCUGCUUGGCCUUGUCAUCGUCACUGCCAGGACAGUGCCCAGACCGUCUGGGUGCCAGGUACGACGCUCACCAGGCCCACCCUCCAUCCCCACUCCAGAUGGACUGUGGGCCUUUUUACUCACCUUUUCUACUGUUUUUAGACUGUAUAUAAAUUUGAUUACUUCCUGAUUGAAAUAAAAGCUGCACAGACUGUG